GCCCGGUCAUAGCCAACAUUUUGGCACUGCCUAGUGGAACGAUGAGCCUCUCUGCUAAAGACAAGAAGUUGGUGAAGGACUUUUGGGCCAAGGUUGCUCCUAAGGCCGAGGAGAUUGGCAAUGACGCUCUCUCCAGAAUGAUAGUGGUCUACCCUCAGACCAAGACGUACUUCUCUCAUUGGCCAGACCUGUCCCCUGGCUCUGCAAGCGUAAAGGCGCAUGGCAAGAAGGUGAUGUUAGGAGUUGACCUCGCUGUGAAGAACAUAGAUGACCUCUUAAAUGGCCUGCUCACUCUCAGCGAGCUCCAUGCCUUUCAGCUGAGGGUGGAUCCCGCAAACUUCAAGGUAAAGUAUUUUAGGUGAU